AUGAGCCACGAGAAGAGUGGAGCCCACCGGCCUGGCUGGUGGCCGACUGGUGCUCGCGACGAACGCACAGUCGCCUCGUCGGGACAUGCGAGAGGGAGGGAAACACGCGUCGUCAGCCGCCGCCAGCUCCGCUUGCAGUUCUCCAUUCGCUCCAGUUCCCUGUCCUCCUUCGUCGGCAAACUAGACUCAUUCUUUUCUUUUUCCUCCACCCACUUCUCCUCUUCCUCCCCACCCACAUCUGCUUCUACUUUUGCUUCUAUUCUUCAUGCUCUUCUUCUUCUUUUCUGCGUCUAUUGCUCAUUCUCUGCUUUUUAUUCUUCUUAUUCUUCGUUUUCUUCAACUUUCUCUAAUUCCAUUUUCAACUUCUUCUUCUGCUUCCAGUUCCUAUCCUUCGACACAGCCUUCUUCUGUACCGCUUCUAUCGGCCUACAGAAUUGCUCACUCGACACGCCUCCCCGUCUUCAUCUCCCUUCUCGCAAAUAUCACUUCUGUCCCAAGCAUUUGCAUCCUCCACUUGAUCACUUUCCUCCUCAUCCUACACAUCAUCAGCCUCACCACCGCAAUCAUCCCCAUCAAUCACAUCAUUCACAUAAUCACACCUACUAUUCUCAACACCAUCAAAAUGAUUAG